AUGGGUAACCACUCUCUCCUUCUCCCUCUCCUCUUCCUCCUCUCCCUCACCACCAUCUCCGCCCACAACAUCACCGAAAUCCUCUCCGACAACCCAGACUACUCCCAAUACAACAAUUUCCUCUCCCAAACCAAACUCGCCGACGAAAUCAACUCCCGCCAAACCAUCACCGUCCUAGUCCUCAACAACGCCGCAUUCUCCUCCAUCACCUCCAAACACCCCCUCUCCGUCGUCAAAAAAGUCCUCAGCCUCCUCAUCCUCCUCGACUACUUCGACAACUCCAAACUCCACCAAAUCACCAACGGCACCACUCUCUCCACCACUCUCUUCCAAACCACCGGCAACGCUCAAGGCAACAUCGGAUCCGUCAACAUCACCGACCUCAAAGGCGGCAAAGUCGGCUUCGGCUCCGCCACUCCUGGAUCCAAACUCGACUCCUCUUACACCAAAUCCAUCAAACAAAUCCCUUACAACAUCUCCGUCCUCGAAAUCUCCGCCCCUAUCAUCGCUCCCGGAAUCCUAACCGCUCCUCCUCCGUCUAGCAACCUCAACAUAACCGCUCUAAUAGAAAAAGCUGGAUGCAAAACUUUUGCCUCGUUAAUCCUAUCUAACGCCGCUAACGGCGCCGGAAAGUUUGAUUACUCAGUCUCCGUCGCCGGUGAUUCGGUUACACUUCAUACCGGCGUUGAUUCAUCCAGAAUUGCAGAUACUAUUUUGGAUGCUACUCCGCUUUCUAUUUAUUCAGUUGACAGUGUGCUUCUUCCUCCGGAGUUGUUUGCUAAGUCGCCGUCUCCUGCUCCGGCGCCGGAGCCUGCCGAUGCUCCUUCUCUGGCACCUGCUUCUGCUCCAUCUCCGGUGGCUGAUACGCCUUCUCCUUUACCUGCAUCGCCUCCGGCUCCUGUAGGUGACAGUCCAAGCGAUUCUCCAGCGGGUGCACCGUCCACUGCGGCGGAUCGUAGUAAGCUCCGGGAAAUCUGCUGGCGUUCACGUGAAAGCUAG